CGCAGCCCGCCGAGGGAGCAGCGGCCGCGGAGGUGAAGGGAGGCGGUGGGGAACGCAGGCAGCAGCCGCGGGAGGCGGGAGCAGCCGGGGCGGAGGGGAGGAGCGGGCGGCCGGGCGCAGCCAAUUCGGGGGGCCUCGUCCAUUUUUCGGCGUGAGUCAGGCACGUCGGUGGGGUGAUGCCACGGCGCUGGGAAGGGGCCGGGAGAGCCGCGGGACGCGGCGGUAGUCGGGAGCGACCCGCCCGCUCGGGCUCGUACUCUCAGCCCUACCGCCGCCGCUGCUGAGGAGAGCCCUGCUUCCUCCUUCCCCUCCCUCGCCGAGGCCGGCGCCAUGGCUGGGGGCGCUGGGCCUGCCUCCUCUCAGCCGCGCCGCGCUCCCUGACGGAGCGGAGAGCCGCCCUUCCCUUCCCCCCCCGCCCGCCGCCUGACGGAGGCUGCUGCGUGUGUGGGUCUCGUCCUGGCAUCGAAGGGAAAAGCCAAAAAUUAGCCUUGCCCCAAGCUGAGCCGCUUGCUUCUCCAGAAGGUUGGGAAGGAAGGGGACUACAGAGGGGCCGUCCUUGCGUUUCAUGUUUCGUCAGCCCGACAGCAUUUUGGCUUUGAUUCCAUCUUGCUCCUACCUGUUCCUGGACAGUGACGGGGAGGAGAAGAGGCACCGUCCCACCAUGUCUCGUUACAGCCUCCAUAAUCUCCUGGACUGGAUGUAUGGGGGUGUGGACCCCAGCUUUGCCGGCAAUGGAGGGCCAGAAUGCGCGGCCUUUCUCUCUGGGCAGCAGCGCUUUCUGGAGAGUUUGGUCUUCCUCAGCGUGGGCGUCGUGGAGAUCCUUCUGUCCCUGUGGAAGCUCAGGCAGCUGCAUUUCAGGGAGCUGGAGGGUCAUCUGCUGCAGCAGCCCCAGCCGAAGCAGGAGAGCUUGGGCAAGAAUGUGCUGCUGGUGGUGCUGUGCCUCAUCUUUGGGCUGGAGGUGGGGUUCAAGUUUGCCACCAGGACUGUCAUUUACCUUCUGAAUCCCUGCCAUGUCGUCACUAUGAUGCAGAUUUUUCUUCUUGCCUGUCCUCCAUGUCGGAUUGCAAUGAUUCUCUUCAGGUUGCAGAUGCAUAUGCUCAAUGGGGCCCUCUUGGCAUUGCUGUUUCCCGUUGUUAAUACACGUCUGCUUCCAUUUGAAAUGGAAAUUUAUUACAUCCAGCAUGUGAUGCUUUAUGUUGUGCCCAUCUAUCUGCUGCGGAAAGGAGGUAUCUACACUCCAGAACCACUCUGCAAUUUCUGGUGGGCUCUUUUAUCCACGGGGUUUAUGUUUGUGUAUCAUUUUAGCAUCUUGCAGAUUCUGGGAUUGGUUACAGAAGUGAAUUUGAACAACAUGUUGUGCCCAGCCGUCUCAGAUCCUUUUUAUGGGCCCUGGUAUCGAAUCUGGGCAUCUGGACAUCAGACUGUCAUGACCAUGACUCAUGGGAAACUUGUAAUCCUACUGUUUUACAGUGCUGUCCCCAUCUUUAAAUGUAGCAUGGACUUGCUUAGACUCCCAGCUAAGAAAAUAGACUGAAAUUUCUCCCCACGAUGUAGUACAUACAGGAAGCAGAGAUACCUAUACUGGAAAACAAAGAGGAGGGAUGAGAUGACAAUGUGUGUAUACUUCUCCCCACAGUUUAUUGCCUCAAAAACACCUCUAUAAUCAAGUGAGGUUUUUUUUAACUGCUGUUUCUCACUGCCUAUUGCCAAUGGCAAAAUUAGUGGCCUUAUUCUGGAAAAGGUUCAUGUUUUAUACAUUUUGUGUAGAUUACAGUAGAAUCUUGCUAAGCUACCGUUUAAAAUUAGGCCAGGAUCUGUCCACAUUCCAGCAAAGAGAGUGGCAAUGCUACCUCGUUUUGACUUAUUUUCCAUUAAAUAGAAGUACGCUUAUAUCAUAGGAUAGGAAAUAAAGCUGAAUUACAACACUCCAGUGAUGUGAACAGAACACACGUUGAAGUGCAUCAUCCUGGCUUAACUCUUAGCACUUGAAUGCUGCAAAAUGGUCACAGUGAAACGAUGUACACUUAAUCUCCCAGUUGUAAGUGCAAAACAGUGAGGUUCUACUGUAUUUUCUUUAAGCUGGUUGAAAAUGUUGGGGAACAAUAACUCAGUAAAAAAAAAAAAUUUUUUUUUUUAAUCGACUACUUGAUUUCUAAGCUGCUGUGGAUAAAUAUCUAUCUGGCUAAGUCUCAUCAGAUCUUGAUGCUUUGGUUAUGCUUUUAUUUGAGUGAGUGGAAAAACACCAUGUUGAAAUAAUUUCAAAAGACCAUGUUAUGUAUAAGCUAUGAUAACGUAUUUCAUCCACUGUUCUGACCUGACUUUGAACAAAAAUGGUUUUUUCACUUAGCUUAGAUUGAUUGGAGAGGGAGUGGAGAUACAAUGUCCAAUGUAAACAUCAGUUUUCCUUUUUUACUUACUAGAUUUUGAAACAUUCCUCCUCUGUGUUCUACACUGAUCUUCACUCAGUAGAGUGGUUAGUGAAGAAACAAAAUGAAACUGUGUUCUCUCUCUACAGCUCUAAUACGUUCUGUAUACUGAUUUUAAAAUACAGAUAUAAAAAGUCAAAUCAGUGCAGGCCUCUACUGAGCAGAAAGUGUUCCAGUUUACUAGUAUGACUAAAUCUUCCUGUCAACAUGUCUUUUGGACAACAGGAUGUAGAUAGGCAGAAUGAUAAAUAGUAAACUGUGUAUACUGUUCAAAUUUUCCAAGGCUAGAGGAGAAACUGGUGGGCAGAAUGAUGGGAAAUCUUGAGUGUGUUCCUCCAGGUAGUUAGCUGUGAGUCUAUUCUGCAGACUGUUGUCUUUCAGGGCUGUAGGAAUUUUGCUGUACAAAAGUUUUUUGCAAUUUAUAGAUUCAUUGUGUUGUCAAAGCUGUGACUUGUAAGAUAAAACAAAACCAUACCUCCUCCAGCUGGAUCACCUGAAGAUAUGUUCUGAAGUUAAGGUACAGUCAUUUAUACCUCAAGAAGGCAAAGUAAGAAUGAGAAGUGGUUGACUUUUUUUUUUUUUUUUCCUUAAAAAAGAAAAAUUUUCAUUGGAGAGGGAACCAAUGGCUACUUGGAAUAUUUUUUUUAUUCCAUAUAAUUAAAAAAAAGUACACCUCAAUCCAAAAUAUAGUCCCACAUUCUAAUUUACACACUGGUUUCUGGCUUUCUUCCAUGCCUUGCUGUGUAUAUAUAUACAUAAUAAAUAUACUGUACUCUCACAACUUGAGAACAUGUGACAUAUACCUAAACUAUCCAUCAAACAUGUAUAGCUAGUCUUCGUUAUACAGACUGUACGGCUCCUUGUGUUUUUAAUCAGAAUUCAGCUUGAGAAAGCUAAGCACCUGGUAAUAAGAACUGCCAGCAUACGGAGUUAACUGUCAGUUGUUGAUCCUCCAAAUGUCUAAGUACAUAAUGAAUUUCAUCAAGUAGUCUCACUGCUGCCUCAGUAAAGCUGGGCAUAUGUUACUUAAGUAUUUGUGGAGUGGGGCCUAAAGAAUGAAGGCGUUGGUACUGAAGGCCUGAAUCUGUCUGUGGAAGACCACUUAAUUAGCUGCUGAAGUGAUAGAAAUUCUUGCUAUUUAUUUCAGCAGAUUCAGUAUUUCAUGGUGAAAUACAGGAUGCUGCUGGGAGAUGCUAAGAUGCAGUGCUGGAUGUUAUAGUGUGCCCCCUAUUAAUAUACUUCAUCUCCUAUGAAUAGCUGAAUGAAAUCUACAGUGAUUCUUCCCUCCCCAUAGUUACUGUCAAGUGUAUCAUGGUUUACUUAUUUACUUAAGAAUUUGGCAAAAUGCCUUAUGUUGAAUUCAGUCCUGUUUAGAAGGAAUGUUUGAUAUUACAAUAGAAUUAUUUUAGCCAAAUUUUGCAAAUACUAUUUCACAUUAUUGUUUGCUUAACUUCACUGAUGUUUUGUUUUUUUAAGAAUCUUUCCUGUUUCUUUUUCUUCAGAAUAUUGUAGCUACUGGGAAAAUUUCUGAGUUACGUGAAAGUAGCAGGCUUUUUUUUUUUUUUUUUUUAACUACAACAUUUCCUAUCUAUAGUCAUAUGCUUCAGGGCAUUCUAAACAAGUAUAAAACAGCUGCUAUUUGCCACCAUUGACUGCCUCUGGUCAAUUAAGACUGCAGGAGCAUUUAAAUAAGCUCAGGUGUCUCAGUGCAGGCUGUUUGCUUGGAAUGCAAAGUUUGUGAGCUCUUCUGACUGACUUAAAAUUCAGUAGCAGGAAUGGCAAUGUUAAAUAUAGCUACCUGAGGGAAGUCCCUGGGGCAAUUUGGAUGAAAGCAUUCUUGGUGUAGUCGUACCACUUGUACCAUUCACUUUGAUAGCAGAGCCACUCUAAGUGAUUGCUUCUGCCUUCCCUCCCACCCUGUACCACAGAAGUCUGUUUCUGUCACUGUGCUGUGACUCAUGCUUUUUCUCUGUUAUGCUGGUCCAGUUGUUUUGAGUCAUGGUAGAAAUUUCAGGCAUAAUUUCAGAACAUUGGAGUAUGCUGACAGAACUGCUCAUCAAAACCAAUGGGACACUUAUAUUCCCCUUCCAAACCUUACCUGUGCAGGUUCUGGAGCUUGUUGAAUUCUUCUGUACCAAUUUAAGUUGCUAAAAUGGCUAACUGAAGAACGAAAUUCGGCAAAAAAGCAGAGAGGUAAACCAACUACUACACCCAGUAAGGAUUUUAGAGGUAUUGGAGCUGCUGUAAAAGAGUUGAAUGGUGCAAUUGGAGUCAGGUGGGAGGGCAGGCAGUGGAACCUUCUUCACCUUUUGUUUGAUGGUAAGCUGUUGCUUCUUCGCUUGUUGUACAGUAUCAGUGAAGCUGGCUGAGAUAGGACAGAAUCAUUUAGGUUGGAAAAGAUCCUUAAGAUGAUGGAGUCCAACCAUAAACCUAACACUGCCAAGUCCAUCACUAAACCACAUCCCUAAGCACCACGUCUACAUGUCUUUUAAAUACCUCCAGGGGUGGUGACUCCACCGCUUCCUGGGCAGCCUGUCCCAGUGCUUGGCAACCCUUUCGGUGAAGAAAUUUUUCCUAAUACUGAAUCUAAACCUCCCCUGGCGCAACUUGAGUCCAUUUCCUCUUGUCCUGUCGCUUGUUACUUGGGAGAAGAGACUGACAUCUACCUCAUUACAACCUCCUUUCAGGUAGUUGUAGAGAGUGAUAAGGGCUCCCCUCAGCCUCCUUUUCUCCAGACUAAACCACCCCAGUUCCUUCAGCCGUUCCUCGUACGACUUGUGCUCUAGACCCUUCACCAGAUUCGUUGCCCUUCUCUGGACACGCUCGCUCCAGCAGCUCAAUGUCUUUCUUGUAGUGAGGGGCCCCAAAGUUAAAUUAUCCCCUCCCUCCCCUUGCCCCUUUUUGAAGGCUUUUAAAAUGUACUAUUUCAUUUUGGUGUAUGGUAUGGCACCACAAGAAACAGUAUCAGCAUAGCUGAGACACAAGCUUCACAGAAGGUGAAGAACAGGUCAGAGUGGGAGCAGAAGGGGAAUGGACUUCUGAAGCUAAUGUCAUUGAACUUCCCGUCCUUUAUUCCUCAGCUGUCUCUGGUAUCUGUUUGAAAUACGCAUCAGACAGAGCUUGUUCAAUGUGCAGGAUAUUGGUCUGACUGGGUAAGACAAAUACUUAAUCUCCAUAGGAGUUCUUUAUUCUCUGCCCUGGCAGAGGCCAGUUUUCUUUUCCCUGAUUGGUUUGUUUCAUAGGCAGUUAUGCUAUAUGGAUGACUUCUUUGGUUGCUUUUAUACUUAUUUAUGCUGGAAAUUAAAGAACAAAACUAUACUGCUAUUCUUGAAAGCUAAUUGACAUUCUCUCCUGUGGUAUUAUGCACAUGAUCUAUGUCAAGAUAACUUGAAGCUGUUGCCCAGUACCUGGUGAUGAAUUUUUACAUUGCAGCAGUGCAAUGUACAAAUGAAAGGGUAGUCCGAGUCCUCCCUGGUCAAAUGUUCCUAAAUCUUUUGUCACAGUACUAAGAGUUAUGAAAACAUUAGCAAUAUCUAUGGGGCAGAGCAGGAGGGGAACCAGAUAGCCAGACAGACUAUUCCUUUCAGCAGCAGCUUAAGCUGACUGUAAAAUCUCACCCUGAAGUGGACUGAUUUGCUGUCCACUAGCAAGCCAGGCACAAUACCAGAAAAAAUUCUUGUGCAGUGCCAAUGUUUAGACUUCAUGGAGAAGUUGGUAUGUAUUACGGUGUCUGACCAGAGCCUUCUACUCUCCUAAUUUCUAGUACUGUAGGCACUUCAAACAAAAUAAACAAGGAGAAAUGAAAUUGAUUGCUCUUACUGCCAGGGAAUGACUGUCUAAAUUUACCUCCCAAUGUACACAUAAAUGAAGCAUUAGUAACUACAAUAAACUUGUUUAUUGAUCGGUUUGUUUAUGCAGCCUCAGAGUAAGUAGCCCUCUAAAGCAGAAAAGCGAGCUAGUAGAAUUUCUACACCCACCACAACAUCUGGCAAUUCAGCCUGUGAAUAUUGAGAUUAUUGUGCCAAGGCUUUAGCUGUCCAGGAUACAUGCAGUGCUAUUUUUCAAGGAUUCAGACACUGUACGCAGUGUUUGAGCUGUAUCUAUUUGUUUAACUUCCUCCUAUUUAAGCACCAAAGAAGAAUUUGCAUCUUGUUUCUUUUGAAGGGUGAAAAUUAACAGCUCUUGACCAUACUUGUAUAAAUCAAUGAAAAGCCACAGUCUAUGAACACACCGCUCUACUUGGUUUCGGUUCAGCUUCUUAGGGCUUGACAAAUGCUGCUUAUAAGCAAGGAAGUCAGUCCAUUUGCAUACCUUAAGAUUAUAGAGUACCUCAUUGUAGAUUUAUCCAUCUGUUUCUGGUCACAAUCAGGGUUUUGAUAUUUCUGUAUAUUUGAUAUCAUUUUGUAAAGCCCAGUUUAGUUUUUCUUUCAGGAAUGGCUAUUUGCAACUGUUAAAUUACUGUACUUUUAUGUCCUAAGUCUUGCAUCUAAACACCACAGGCAUUUGCUUUCUAUGCAUCUAUAGCUAAUGGAAAAUAUAGACGUGCUGUUUUUCCUCACUGUUGCAAUUGUUUCACUAGAGGUGGAUUCCUAGCAAUUAAAUUAGUCCUAAUAGUUAACAAAGCUCUGAAAAAGCCAAAAACUAGGAAGAGGGCAUGUCAGCCCUGUUAGGAGGCGAAAGGUUUCUGCAGGCAGACAGGUCAACUUUGAUGUUUUCAUUUUUACAGUGACAAGACUCAUAACAAAUCUGUUGAUUUUUGUGAUCUCGUACUCAAAAGUGAUAUUGCUGUAAAUCUGUCUUGCAGCUUUUAGAGUAACUUAGUCAAAGCCAAGCUGUUUUUUUUAAAUGAUUUUAUUUUUUCUUCAGGGUCAAUUUUGUACUUUUCUAAAAUUAUUUCUGCAUUUACUGAGUCAUUAUCUCAAUGCUGCAGAGGACGCAGCAGGCAGAACAGCGAGCGUACCCACACCACUCUUGCCAACCAGACUGUGCCAGGGAGCUGGAGUUGCUCAGGCACUGGUCUGAAGCACACAGCAGUCUUUGGAAACGUGCAGCUCCAGUUCCCCUACCCUCUAGUUCAACCAUGGCAUUAUCCAGGCACAGAAUGGUACGGCAAGGGCAAGGAUGGAUGUGGAGAGGCUCAACUGCCACAUAUGCUGUUAGUUCUGAAUAAUUUGUAAGAGUGUUAUGAAUUUUGUAAACUUUUUAAUGUGCUAAAACUUGGUUAUGAGGUAACAUUUACAAAUAAGGGGUAAUUUGUGUACUUGUUUUUGUAUUUUGGUCUGAUGUUCUUUUUUGUUGUUGUGCCCUAAGUCCAGAUCACUGGGCAAAUAGUUGUUAAACCUUUGAAUUAAAAUAAAUAAAUGCAUUUUAAUGGA